AUGGCUGUGACCUGCCCUGCCCUUGAGAAGGUGUCUCAGCAGCUGGUCACAAAUUCGAACCCUGCUCGCGAUGAUCUAGAAGCAAUGGACUCCCACCGCUGCGCAGCCCUCCACAACGCCAUCUAUGAGCAUGGCUGGACCAGCGCUUUCGGCGACACAGCCGAUUUCCUCGCCAACACCGAGACCUGGUGGGAAGCUUUCGCCACCCCAGGCUUCGGCACCGCGGACAUGCAUUCUUCCGUCCAAGAGUUCCUGAAGGAAGCUCGAGUGCUACGCGAUCGACAGGAGCAAGAUAAAAACUUCUUCUAUUUCAUGUCCGGCCUCUCUCAUUCGAACAUGCUAGAUGGUGAAAAGGAUUGGUUUGAUAUCGGUCAUCCGAAGAGGUUGAUGACGUUAUAUGAGACUUAUUUCUCUUUUGCUACGAAACUGGACGGAUUAGUAUACGAUCAGCUCAAGCAAAAAGCCAUCACGCACUUCGACAUCACAGAUGAUCUGGAAUUCGAGCCUGAACAACCAUGGCGACCGCUGGAGACCAUCCUCACGUUCUGGAUCGAUCUGAUACGGCGUGAGAAAGUCAUUGCCGUAUCUCCGGAGUUGUCACAGCCGAGGAUUGAGUGGCGACCCAUUCCGGGCACGCAGAGCGAGGGUAUGCAGGAGCUUCCGCAGCAUCAUCACGUGACAGGGGAUGUUUUGAAACUAGACGACCAUGCUCCGUGGGCGAUGCAGCCUUGGUCGCAGAUCGACCUCGACGAAACGUUGUCGCUUCCGACAAAAGAGGCAUUCAUCGAUCAGCCUGCACGGGAUGAGCCUCGACCGAAUUGGAUUGUCCCUGAGAAGAAUAUAGACUACCCGGAACACGUAUUCCCCAUCCUACUGUUCCGCCACAAGACAAGCAGCCAGACGAGCGCAGAUCCAUUCCAGAGUCCAUGGACGCAGCACAUCCUGACCAACGGAGUCGUUGGCUUGUAUCUCGAUGCCUGUGAUCGAAGCAACCGUGUCGCAUACGAAGAUGGGUUCCGCUUAGUCCUGCCUUUCGCAUUCGAUCGCUUCGGACCAGGAUGGGCUGCCCGUGGCGAUGGAAGCCAAGUGAUAGGGUACGAUGAAUUGUUCCAAAGCGGUGUGAACCCGUUCAACGAUAGCCAUCCGCCAAAGCUUGUGGCGUUUCUGUCGUUUGCCUACCACAAGGUUGCCAGUAGCGCGUGGAGUGUGGAUGAGCACGGUGUAGCUGGUGGUAUCGAUGUCUGGAAAGAAGCCAAUACGGAGGAGUCCUGGCAGGAAUACUGGUUGCCUGCUGAGUAUAUCGGCUUUCAGUAG